AUGUCCGCGCGGGGCCGGUGCGCCAAGGUGCUUCCCUCUGAACUGAACAAGGUGUGCCCUGAGAGAGGAGAUGACCCUGCCACACACCCCAGGGAGAUGAGUGACUUCGAGGUGGUCCCCAACCUGCAGCAGAGCAGUAGCAGCGUCUCGAGGAGCAGGCGGAAGGCACAUUUCCCCACCGGUAGCAAUGAAAAGGAAAAUCUCAUCUCCUGGAUUCCUGAAAACAUCCGGAAGAAGGAGUGCACCUACUUUGUUGAAAGCUCUCAGACAUCAGAUUCUGGGAGGAUCGUGUGUGAGUGCGGCUACCUCAGGGAACAGCACUUGGAUGAUGCUGCCAAGCCUCCCAUCUUCCUGGGGAAGGAAUGGGACCCCAGCAGGCACAUCCAGGAGAUGCCAACGGAUGCCUUUGGUGAUAUUCGCUUCACGGGCCUGGGGCAGAAGACAGGGAAGUAUGUGCGUGUCUCCUCGGACACCCCUCCACGGGUCAUCUACCACCUCAUGACACAGCACUGGGGCCUCGACGCACCCAACCUGCUCAUCUCAGUCACUGGGGGAGCUAAAAACUUCAUCAUGAAGCCAAGGCUGAAGAACAUCUUCCGUCAAGGACUCGUCAAAGUGGCCCAGACCACAGGAGCCUGGAUCAUCACAGGGGGAUCCCAUGCUGGUGUGAUGAAACAGGUGGGAGAGGCAGUGCGAGACUUCAUCAUGAGCUGCAGCCACAAGGAGGGUGAGAUUGUCACCAUUGGCAUAGCCACCUGGGGGACCGUGUACAACCGGGAGAGCCUCGUCUGCCCCAUGGGUGGCUUCCCUGCUGAGUACGUGCUGGAUGAGGAGAAUCAAGGCAGCCUGUCAUGCCUGGACAGCAAUCACUCCCACUUCAUCCUGGUGGACGAUGGGACACACGGGAGGUAUGGGGUGGAAAUCCCCCUGAGGACCAGGCUGGAGAAGUUCAUUUCAGAGCAGACCAAAGUGAAAGGAGGUGUUGCCAUCAAGAUCCCCAUUGUGUGUGUGGUGCUGGAAGGAGGCCCUGGGACUCUCGAUACCAUCUACAAUGCCAUCACCAAUGGGACCCCCUGUGUGAUUGUGGAAGGGUCUGGGCGCGUGGCCGAUGUCAUCGCACAGGUGGCCAACCUGCCUGUGGCCAAGAUAACCAUUGCCUUGAUCCAGAAGAAGCUGAGUGUGCUCUUCCAUGACACCUACGAGCUCUUCACUAAGAGCAAGCUAGUGGAGUGGACCAAAAAGAUCCAAGACAUAGUGCGGUGCCGGCAGCUCCUGACCAUCUUCAGAGAGGGCAAAUAUGGCCAGCAGGAUGUGGAUGUGGCCAUCCUCCAGGCCCUCUUCAAAGCAUCUCGAAACCAGGACCACUUCGGUCGUGAGAACUGGGACUACCAGUUGAAGUUAGCUGUGGCCUGGAACAGGGUGGACAUUGCCCGCAGCGAGAUCUUCACAGAUGACCAUGACUGGAAGCCCACAGAUCUCCACCCUGUGAUGGCAGCUGCCCUGAUUUCCAACAAGCCAGAAUUUGUGAAGCUGUUCCUGGAGCAGGGAGUGCAUCUCAAGGAGUUUGUCACCUGGGACACUCUGGUUUACCUUUACGACAACCUGGUACCAUCCUGCCUGUUCCACAGCAAGCUGCAGAAGGUGCUGCUGGAGGAAAGAGAGCACACAGCUGGCUCCAAAAUGCCAAGGCUCCAACUGCACCACGUGUCCCAGGUGCUGCGGGAGCUGCUGGGCUGCUCCACACAGCCUCUGUACCCCAAGCCCAAGCACACGGAGCGGCCCCGGCUCUCCAUCCCUGUGCCGCACAUCAAGCUGAACGUCCAUGGGUCGAGUCUCCGGUCCCUCUACAAACGCUCUGCUGGCCGAGUUGCCUUCACCAUGGAUCCCAUCCGUGACCUGCUCAUCUGGGCUGUGGUCCAGAACCGCAAGGAGCUGGCAGAAAUCAUCUGGGCCCAGAGCCAGGACUGCAUGGCGGCCGCACUGGCCUGCAGCAGAAUCCUGAAGGAGCUGGCCAAGGAGGAGGAUGACACAGACACCACUGAUGACAUGCUGGCCCUGGCUGAGCAGUUUGAGCACAAGGCAAUCGGUGUGUUCACAGACUGCUACCGCAAGGAUGAAGUGAGAGCCCAGAAGCUUCUCACUCGUGUCUCUGAAGCCUGGGGGAAGACAACCUGUCUGCAGCUGGCCCUGGAGGCCAAGAACAUGAAUUUUGUGUCCCAUAGGGGUGUCCAGGCCUUUCUGACCAAGGUCUGGUGGGGGAAGCUGUGUGUGGACAACGGGCUUUGGCGGGUGAUCGCGUGCAUGCUGUUCUUCCCCCUGCUGUACACCAACCUCGUCACCUUCAGGUACUGCAGGCAGCCAGGGCACACAUGCACUGAGGCAGAGAUCUCCUCCAGCCUCACUCUGUGGCUGACUGGGGGAUGCUGCUGUGGCAUCUCCUUGGGCAGGUGAGCCCACAUCCACCUCCUCUCCCACAGGGAGAAGAGGCUGCAGCCCAUGGGCUGCCUGACGCGCCUCCGAGCCUUCUUCACGGCACCCGUUGUCAUCUUCCUCAUGAACAUCCUCUCUUACUUCACCUUCCUCCUGCUCUUCGCAUACAUCCUGAUGGUUGACUUCCAGCCAAUGCCAUCCUGGCAGGAAUACCUCAUCUACGUCUGGCUUUUCUCCCUGGUGUGCGAGGAGACCCGCCAGAUGCUCUAUGAUCCAGAUGGGCUCGGGGUCGUGAAAAUGGCUUCCCUGUACAUCAAGGACUUCUGGAAUAAAUUGGAUAUCUGUGCCAUCCUAGUCUUUAUCACAGGGCUGACUUGCAGGCUGAUCCCAUCAACAUUAUAUCCAGGGCGCAUCAUCCUGUCCCUGGCUUUCAUCAUUUUCUGCCUGCGCCUGAUGCACAUUUUCACAGUCAGUAAAACGCUGGGGCCCAAGAUCAUAAUUGUGAAGCGCAUGAUGAAGGAUGUCUUCUUCUUCCUCUUCCUGCUGGCAGUGUGGGUGGUAUCCUUUGGGGUGGCCAAACAGGCUAUCCUGAUCCACAACGAGGAACGUGUGGAGUGGCUUUUCCGUGGUGUGGUCUACCACUCCUACCUGACCAUCUUUGGGCAAAUUCCCUCCUACAUUGAUGGGGUCAACUUCAACAUUGACCAGUGCAGCCCCAAUGGGACUGACCCCCACAAGCCCAAGUGCCCAGAGACAAAUGAGGACAACAAGGAACCGAUCUUCCCGGAGUGGCUGACGGUCAUCCUGCUGUGCCUGUACCUGCUCUUCACCAACAUCCUCCUCCUCAACCUCCUCAUUGCCAUGUUCAACUACACCUUCCAGCAGGUCCAGGAGCACACGGAUCAGAUCUGGAAGUUCCAGAGGCAUGACCUGAUCGAGGAGUACCACGGCCGCCCACCCGCGCCCCCACCCCUCAUCCUCCUCAACCACCUGCAGCUCCUGGUCCAGCGUGGCCUGCUCCGCCAACCAGCCACACACCACAGGCUCAAGGAAAAGCUGGAGAAGAAUGAAGAAGCUGCCCUCCUCUCGUGGGAGAUGUACCUGAAGGAGAGCUACCUGCAGCACCAGCUGUGCCAGGAGAAGGAGAACACGGAGCAGAUGAUCCGAGACAUUGCACAGAGGGUUGAUGUACUGGCAGAGCUGCUGGACUUGGACCGGGUGAAGAGGACGGGGGUGGUGGAGCAGAGACUGGGGUCUCUGGAAGACCAGGUACAUCAGAGUGCCCAGGCCCUGAGGUGGAUGAUGCAGACGCUGCAGGGCAAUGGCUUCAGCUCAGGCGAGGACGUGCCAUCCAUGGGCUUCUCCAAAGCCUCAGAUACCAAGGAGGUUGACCUGGAGGGGAAACCUGAGGAGAUCCGGCCCCCAUACCACGUGCUUGCCCGACACCUCCUGUACCCAGGGUCUCACACCCCCCGCUUCCCUGUGCCAGAUGAGAAGGUGCCCUGGGAGGUGGACUUCCCUCUCUACAACCCUCCUGCCUACUCAGCUGACCACAAGGACAUGGCUGUGCAGGAUCCCUUCAGCCUCUCCUUGGAGUCUCUCCUGAAGAUCAACUACAACACCAUGGAUGGGCUGAUCGACCGGCAGAGCUUCCACGGCCUCUAUGCUGUGCAGGAUGGGCUGCCACUGAACCCCAUGGGCAGGACAGGACUGCGAGGCCGCGGGAGGCUGCACUGCUUCGGGCCCAACCAUGCCCUGCACCCCAUCGUGACCCGCUGGAGGAGGAACUUGGAUGGAUCCAUUAUAAGGAAGAGCCUGAAGAAGAUGCUGGAAGUCCUGGUAGCCCAGUACCCACUGUCAGAUGUCUGGGCUCUGCCUGGGGGGUCACUGGAGCCAGGUGAGACGCUGCCGCUGAAGCUCAAGUGGAUCCUGCGCCGGGAGUUCUGGCCCCAGUUCCAGAACUUGCUGAAACAAGGCACUGAGGUACACAAGGGGUACCUCGAUGACCCUCGGAACACGGACAAUGCCUGGGUGGAGACAGUGGCCAUCAGUGUGCACUUUGACAACCAGAACGACGUGGAGAUGAAGAGGCUGAAUUCGUUUCUUCAAGGCUGCGACCCAGAACUGUGCAUCCGCUGGCAGGUGCUGGACAAGAGGAUCCCCCUGCACACCAACCACAAGUUGCUCCUGCACAAGGUCUCGACCCUCCUCGGCGCCUACUACUGA